AUUGCGACGCUGGCUGACUUUGACGUGCGUGCCGACUCAACCUUACCGUGGGACUCUUGAAUAUUUGCUUAAGGCGAGGUGCGCCCAUGCGCGUUGCCUUAUGUUUCUCUGAGUAGCGCUUUCUUUCCAUUUAAACGCCAAGGCACCCAGUGGGCAUUGUGCCACGCCACAAUGCACAGGUCGCUCGUCGCGUAGUCGCUGUUUGGCCGAACACCGACGUGUACAAUACCCAUUGAUUUCAGGAGCUGAAUGAGGACAUAACUGGGCCCGGGAUCUGGGUUUGGGCCAGGACUGCAGCACAAUGUACCUCGCCGUGCGUACCGCUGCGGCGUUGGGCACCCCCAGCGUCGUCGCCACAACGACCUUGGUCAGCAGCAACGCUGCUAGCUUACCGCUACUCAGCAGCUUUGGCUACAGCACUGUGACCAACAGCUUUGCCAAAGCAGCUGCGGCUGGAUAUGGGGGCGAGCAGCGUUGCCAUCAGCAGGGCCCGACCCAGCCGCAGUCGCGGGCGGUACAGGCGUCACGCCGUCGAUCUCUCCGACUGCUGGUGCUCACGGCAGCCGCUGCGGGGCCCCGGGGAGUCCUGCAGCAGCCCGGUGCGUCCAGCAAUGGUGCCGCUAGUGAUGGCGCUGUUGAGGAUGCCGCUUGCUUGAGCGGGAGCGACGCGGCUCAGGCGCACAGUACCGGGGCCGGGAGGCGCAGGCGCAAGCCGCCCUCAGCCAACACAGUAGCUGGAGGAGGGGCUGGAGGAGCAUUAGCAUCUGCGCCUGCGGCUGCCAGUGAAGAGGCAGGCACAGAAGCAGGAGCAGCCACAACGGCCCGCCGUGGGCGGCGCGCGCGAGAGGCAGCCAACGCAGCGGCGGAGGCCGGUUCGGCGGCAGACGCAGCGGUGGAGGCGGGUUCGGCGGCAGACGCAGCGGUGGAGGUGGGUGUGGCGGCUGCCUCUGGGCCGCCGUCAUCAGCGCCGCCAGCGCCUCGGCGUCGUGGUCGCCCGCCGCGGCAGGCCGGUGCUCCCGCGACCAGCACAGCCCGCAGCGCUGGCCGGCUCACGGCAGCUGAGGAGCCGAAGCCCCCGGCCACAACACAGGCUGCUGCUGCUCCUAGCCUCAGCACUCAACCUACUAGCGUCCCUAGCAGCAGCAGCAGCAGCAGCAGCAGCAGCAGCAGCAGCAGCGGCAGCAGCACCAGCAGCAGGCGCGUGUACAGUAACAGCCUGGGCUCCAAGAGCAGCGUCGCAGAGCCCGCCAACCGGCGCCGUAACCCGAAGCCGCAGGAAGCUUCUGUGACAGCCGCUGCGGAGGCGGCUGGCGGCUAUGGGGCCAGUUAUGAUGGCGACGGGUCGUCGUGGGAGGUGUACGGCCCCUUUUAUCCGCCCACCGUGUUAGGCGACAUGGGGCGCUUGGGCAUGGGGCUGGGACUAGGCAUGGGCGGCCGAGGUCGUGGCAGCAGCGCCAGCAGUGGCAGCAGCAGUGCCGCUGCUACUGCCAACGGUGGUCACCAUGCAGGGGAUGACGCCGCCGCUGCCUCCAUCAGUGGUGGCAGCGAUGGCCCCAACAGCAACGCGCCUGCAUCUGCAUCCACGAUGAGUAAUGCGGAUGCCAGCAGCCCAGCCAACCGCCGCACCGGCAGAAGCAGUUGGCUGUCCCGUGCCGCGUUCAGCGAGUCUGUUGCGGUGCGGGCGGCGGUGGAGGCGGAGUUGCGGCAGAGGGCUGCGGCCAUGUUUGAUGCAUACUACACAUACAGCGACGGCAGUGACGACCUGUUCCGGCCACUGGAGGAGACACCCGCCAGCUGGGACCUGGACCUGGGCCUGGACCUGGGCCUGGACCUGCUGGCGGACGUGGAGCCCACAGCAGCAGCCGACAUACUGGCAGCGGCGGGGCUGGUGGAGGGCAGCCGGGGCAGGGCGGUGGAGUGGGAGGACAGCAGUGGGCGGGUGGCGGGGCAGGCGGGUGCCGGGGCCGCCACCUCCACCCCUACCUCGUGUGGCGCUGGCACAGCCACCGCCACCAGCUCACCGGCGGCCGCAGAUACAGCUUCUGCCGCAGUCGCAGCAACAGCUGCAGCUGCAGCUAGCGGUGCUGCCAAGGGCGGUGGCGGUGGCGGACACGGCUCUGGCGAGAGGGCGCGGCGGCGGGUGGAGCUGGUGGCUUUUGAUGACCUAGAUCUGGAGCUGCUGGCAGGAGGGGAAGACGGCAGGGCAGGGCAUCCGAUGGUGGCGGCUGGGGCGGCCAUAGAGCACCGCAAUGGUUCUAGCUCCGGUGGAGCACACCGCGCGGGGCACCACCGUGGCGCGCCCGCUUCGGCAGGCGGGGCCCAGGCGUCGGGCUAUGCAGCUUCACAGCCGCACGGCGCAGCAGAGGUGGAGGCGGAGGUUGAGGAUCCGUUUGCGGGCAUGGCUGCGCUGAUGGACAGCAGUGCAGUGCUGGACACGGCCCUCAGCCACCACCACCACCGCCAGUCGCGCCACGGCCAUCUGCAUCAUCACACCAAGCAUGACCAACAGCACAUCCUCCGCCACAGCACUGAGGCGCAGUCUCACGCCCACGAUAGCAGCCGCAGCAGCCACGCAGCCUCUGCGGGGGCCACGGAGGAGGCAGUGGAGGCGGUUCAUAAGGCGAUUGCGGCGACGGAGGCGAGAAUGAUGGAUAUUAGUGGUGGACUGCGGGGGCUAGGGGCGUCAUCGGGCCCACUGGGGUCGAUGGCGGAUGAGGUGUGGGACCUGGAGCCUGACCUCAGCGCGGCCUUUGGCGGCGGCAGUAGCGCUGUCGGCAGCAGCAGUAGCAGUAGCUGGGCGGCAAGCAGGGCCGUUAUGAGUGCCGGCGUCACGGAGCAACAGAGCCGCCCUCCGCUGGGUAUAGAUCUCACGGCAGGGGUCAGUGCCUCUGCAAGUGCGAGACCAGGUUCGGGGAUUGCUGCAGUGCCGGCACAGGCACAGGCACAGCAGCAGCCGCCUUUGCUAGCAAGGAGUGCUGUUGCGGGUGACGAGGAUGACGCGCUGUUUGGGUUCGAAUUCAGCGCCGUCCCGCCGCCACACGUGGUGCCACAGCUGCCGCCGCAGCUGCAAGCGCAACAACAGCCCCGGCAGCAGCACCGGCCCUCUCACCCGCCACCUCGCCAGCCCCGAACCGGGCAACAGCAGCAACAACAACAGCAGCAGCAGCAGCACUCCGCUGCGCCCCCACCCGCCUCAUCGGGCGCGACCCAGGGUGCCUCUCAGCCUAGGAGUAGCACGAUGCCCCACCGGGCAGCGGGUGCGGCGAGCCUGACUGACCUGUUCGAGUCAGGUCUGGGAAUAAGGCGCUCGGCAACAGCAGAGGCAGCUACUGUGUCCGCAACAGCAGCUGGCGCUGCUGCCCCCACCGUGGCGUCUAGUAGCAACAGCAGUAGAUCUGCCAGCAGUGCUGUGGGUGCCACUGCUGGCGCCGACGCUUCGCUGGCUCCACCGUCGUUUCGAAAGGUGGAACGGGGUUCUGCGGUGGUGGCGGCGGCAGCAGCUGGGGCAGGUGUGGCAGCGGGGACCGCUGCCGCUACUGUCGCUAGUGCCGCUACUGCCGUGGUCCCGCCUACGACAGUCCAGCCCGGCGCAGUGGGCUUCAGGAAGGUAGUCCGGGGGGCAGCAUCCCCCAACACAGCAGUUCCGGUUCCUGCAACUGCCGCUGCCGCCGCCGCCACUUCAGCGGAAGCGCCCAUUCCGCGCAUACCCACGGAUGCCGCGGCUGCGCCGCCUGAGGCAGCUGCAGCCGCUGCCAUUGUUGCGGCUACUGCCGGUCUGUUGGGCGAGCUCAUUGCGCCAAUGAGCCAGGCGCACGGCAGGAGCACUGCCACCACCAGCGGCGGUGCUGCUACAGCCGAUGGCCGGGCAGGGCCCAUGCGGACUGAGGGCAAGGCGGCGGCAGCACCAGGCACGACUGCGAAUGUGGUGAGGGCCUGGACGGACGCACGCGCUCGCGGCGGCGACAGCUACAUCGGUGGUGGCGGCGGCCCAGGUGACGGCAGCAGGGGCGGCUACCUACCUCCGGUGGGUGCCGCCACCUCUGGCAGGCCGCCGCUACUGCCGGAGCUGGCGGCGCCGCCGGGCGGCUGGAAGCCCAAGGGCACACCUGAGACCACCCUGUUUGUCAAGGGCCUGGACCCAGCUGUGGGAGAGGCGGCGCUGCGGGAGGCGCUGAUGCAGACCUUCUCAGCUGCAGGGCCCGUGGUGCAGGUACGGCUGCCGAUGGACGAGCAGCGGCGUCUCAAAGGCAUCGCCUAUGUGGUGUUCGAGCACGCGGAAGACAAGGUCCGCGCCGCGGAGCAGUUCGAGGGCAUGCGGCUGUUGGGCAGGUUCAUACGGUUGGACGCGUCGGUGGGGCCGGGGCGGAGGCCGAGGGGGCGGGCUUGAGGACACCCGCGGCUUACCCGGUCCAUGUACCCGGGGGCUGGAAGUGUAAGUACAUGCGAUGCAUGGUCGGUGGUAGGCUUGGUGAGUAAUGAUGAGGUGGAGACUGAGGAUGAUAAGGGGGAAUGCGGGGUUUGGUCAGAUUGAAUGCAGAGAGGGCUGAUGAGGAGGGACCUCUGAACUCGAUGGCAGUACGUGUGGCCAGACUGGACCGGCUGCCUGUUUGGUUACACGGUGCGUAGGCUGUCAGUAAAGAUUUAUGAUGUUGGCUUGAGAGGCAUGUGGAUGUGGGAUGUGCCUACAAUUGCGCACGGAGUCCCCGGACGCUGCCGGCUGUACCAGUGCACCUGUCCGCGGUGCGUGCAUGAUAGCCACGGCUGCGUAAUGGAAGAUGGGAUGCAUGGGCCAGAUCUGUUUGUCUUAUCAACGACGCCAGACUCUUACCUGCCAACUUUGUUAUACGGUACACGGCCUA